CGGAGCUGUUGCUGUUGCUGCUGACCCAGUUUUGCGGUUGCCGCCGUCGGUGUCCAGCCGCUCAGUUAGUCUCGCGUGCGACACCCGGCCGAACUCAGUCAAACCCAUGUGCGUGGUCGUGCGCGCCCCUACAGUGUACUGCAUGUGGACGACUCAUGUACUUAAAGAUACUACUCCUUUGGGCAGUAAGUAACAUUAUUAUUAUUAUUAUAAUAUAAUAGUACGUGCAUGUUAUAAUAUCCGUAAUCUCGCAUCCGCGGGUGCAGUGACGUGUGGCCAGCCGUGGGUAGACCGGAUUUAAAAUGUCUACGCACGAAGAGGUGUUUUGAUUUUUUUUGGAUCUACCUAGCGAAAAAAAAAUUCUAUACUUCCCUUGUAAAAAAAAGAAUCGGUAUUCCUCUGUUAUCGAUCAAAUCUACUCGGAGUUGCCCUGUAAAAAAAUUGAGGUUUUAUAGAAAAAAAAAUGUCUUGUCCGAUUGUAAACCGGUAAAUUCGACCGUGCGCGUACGCGAAUUUAUUGUGUAGGUACCUGUAGUUUGUGCGUACUUGCUCGUUCGGCCCGUGCCAAUUAAUUCAAAUAAUAGACUUUCGCAAUGGUUUGGCAAGACGACCACCGUAGAUUGGAUGGCAUAAUGGAUGUCGUCGAAUCUUUCCGUGUACCCGUAUAACGAAAUAAUAUCAUUAAAGCCGCGUGUUGUCGCGGAACUGGAAGAACUAUAUGGGCAAGGCAGGGUGAAGGUCGGAGCUUCACCUUUCUGACACGAACGUGCACGAGCGCACUCGUUUGAGUGGAUACCAAACUGGACCGGACUGGUCCUCGACCCCCGGAUUAAUAAUAUUAUCUAACCAUCGAAAUUAUCCCAUGCGAUUCUGUGUCGUAGGUAUAUUAUGAUGUCAACCGAGGAUCGCUGACAAAAACUUUCCGGGAACGAUUUAGACGACCACACUAUUAUUUUAUCACUAAGCAAAGGAUUAAAACAUUACCAAAUGAUUUGUCUCAGGGGAAGACAAAUAUAGAGAAAAAUUACAUUUUUAUUUCCAUCCUUUUCCAUCACUGGAAAAAAUACUUUUUAUUUUUUCACUUUUUAAAAUGUUCAAAAUAGCCAUUUUGUAAAAUAUAUUAUUCCAAAAAUUUAAAUGUACCAUAUAUUCAUAUCCGAUUAGUAUCUUUUAUUAAUAUUCAAUAGACGAUAUGUAAUUACCGUGCUGGUUGUGAUAACGUAUCACGUAACGUGUUGUUCUAUUGAAAAUUAAUUGUUUUCACAACUAUUUCCUUGAAAUUAAAACAUAUAUUACAAAGAAACUAUUGAUCGAAUAUGUAAGUAUGAUAUAUUAAAAUUUUUAGAAUAAUAUGUUUAACAAAUUGACUAUUUUGAAAAUUUUAAAAAUAAAAAGUUAUUUUUUUUAGUUAUUUUGAGAUGAAAAUAAAAAUUUAAUUUUUCUGUUCCCAUAAUAUGAAAACCCAACUGAAAAAUUGUUUUUUUACACCCGGUAUCUACGGAUAAAGUACACAGGACACGUGAACACGUGGACAGUUAUACCUAUAACAUAUAAAAUCAAGUCUACCAUAAAAAAAACUUUUUAAAAAAUAAAUGUUUCAUUCUAUCGUGUUUUCCGUGACGACUAUGUCUUACUGGUAGUAAUAUGUAUUUAGGGUUAAGAAAAGUGCCUCUUAGUUUCUUUUACUCGAUGAUGAACUGGAUUCGUCUCUCAAAUCUCAAUCCAUAAGUCUAUAGUAGAGCUCAUAAAAUGUGAGUGUUGGGAGACGGGGGUCUCGUUUCCAAUGGCAAUUUUACCCAACAGCUACAAACAUGUGUUCCCUCGACCCCUCCAAAGAAAAAUAUUAUGAGCAUGACUUAUAAGUGAUAGACGCGGUGGUAAAAACAAUAUCACAAUACUGAGAAUCAAAGCCGUAAUUGGGAGGGUCCAGGGGUCUGGGCCUUCCCUCCUUCCCCCGACAUUUUUAAAAGUAGAAUACUUUUAGUAGUGAACAUAGUUUAUUCACUAUAAUUGUAUAAAGAAUAAUUUUAUAUUUUUCAGCAAUAAAGAGGUUUUAUAUUUUUAACGUAAAAAUGAUUAGCGUCCAGUAUCUUUAUUAAAAAACUGUUGGAUCCCCCCCCCAAAAUUUGUUUCCAGUUAUGGCCUUGCUGAGAACCCCAAUAUUUGAAUUCUGCUAUUGGCUACCAGCGCCCACUUUUUGUGAGCAUGACUAUAUGCGUAUACAGCUUAAUAAUUAAAAAUAAUACACAAUUGUAGGUUUGAAAAUAUUCGUGAAACGUCGUGAUCGAAAAUUCUUGACUUGUCAUUCCAGACAAGUUCAAACGUCCAUCAUUAUAUAACAAUAUAAACGAUUAGACGAUGACCACAGACAGAGGUCGUCGAAUCGGCGAAUUUAUCGUGAAACUAUAUAUCGUCAGUUACCCAACAUAACCUCGUAAGUCGUUUUUUUUUUGUGUGUGUCUGAAAUAAUUUUUCUAUCAUAGAUGUUAUUCCGUUCAAAAACUUUAUAAGGACUUUCUUAAAGAAUUUUUAUCCAGUUAUUGUAUUGAGAAGGUCAAGUUUUUAUUUUUCUCGUAGUUGUCUUAAUAACAGUUUUAUUGCUACAGUAGUGUACAAUUUAUUAAAAUAGACCAUACGAGGUUUUGCCGGGUAAUCGUGAUAUAUAUUUUAUGAUAUUGUUUCAAUAAUAACUAUAUCCGUUAUUCUAUGUAUAUUAUAUGUAUACAUAAAUAUUGCAAUGCAUCUAUAAUACGAAUUAUUCAUUCGUCCUUGUAAGAAGCAGACUCAUCGGGAGGUCUUUGACUGCAGCAUUCGCGUAUACAACUAUUACUAUUAUGAUUAUUAGCUAUACAUUAUGUUUAUUUGUUCUAACGAAAAAUCGUGGGCGGCGUUUUCACAUAAGUGAUGUGAACAUACAUAGGUAUAUAUCUAUAAUCUAUAUAAUUGUCUGCAAACAUUAAUAGGAAAUUUGAUCGUUUUCUUUUCGACAUCAUGGAACCGUAACUAAAUCAAACAUCGUAUCCAUUAUAUUAUGGCACCUAUAUAUAUAUACGUAUAUUAAGCGUAUAAUGUAUUAAGUAUAUUAUGUUUCAUUGGACGAAAACAUAAUCGUUGUCCAUUCAUCGGAAAUGUUGAGGCACCUUGACAUUGUAUGCACAAUAAAAAUCACCGUCGGCCGCCACAUGGCACAGUUUCCAAUGCCAACGUUUAACUUUCACGGCUCCUUUCUUCUGCCCGACAUACACCGCUCUUGUAUGUAGUAUAUUAUAUUAUAUAUGUUCAACAUCACACAAAGCAGGUCAUUUCUCUAUUAAAUUGCAAAAUUACGUACAAAUUAGAUAUUAUAAUAGGUAUCAAUAUAUAAUAAUGUGUUUAUUUUCUUUAAAUUAUUAUCGUUACCAUCACAUUGGCAAAUAGCCGAAAUAUUAUUUUUUUUUUUAAAGGGGGGGCUUACAUCUUAUACUUAGUAUUUACUUAAUAAAUACAUGGUUUGGCUGAGUUUUGCGUGUAAAGUUCUCCCCUCCCCCUAUUUGCUCCUAUGAUUGUUUAAUUAUGAAAUAAUAAUAAUUCUACAUAUAUAUAUAUUUAUUAUAAAACAAUAUGUCUUGUUUUUUAGCUGCCGUUAGAGCUCAAUGGUUACGGAUAUGAUGGUUACAGUACCUGCACGAAACCGUAUAGAAAUGCUAAAGCCAAAUUUCCGGAUUUACCAUGUGAUUUUAACAGUCAAUCGUGGUGCAUGGUGCCCGGAUCGACGUACCCAUGGUAAAAAUACAUGUUAUAAUAUUAUGUGCAUUAUAAUAUCUUAUUAUAUUCUUAUGUAUAUAAAAGGUCAUAUACAUCUGUCUGUGUGUAACGCUUUUUCCCCUCAUACUUAGAACGUUAAUUGUGGUGAUUAGGUUGAAAUUAGAACUAAAACAUAUAUGACAAAAUUUAAAGAGAAUAUUUACGAGAGCUGUUUUCUUAAAAAAAAUAUAUAUCAUAUAAAAAAGUUAUAUCAGUGUUAUUUUUUGAAUUUUUAAUUCUUUAAACUUUCUUAUUAUUAUUUUUCAUUAAAUUUCAAUUUCAUCCAAUCUAAACUAUACUCUGAAUAGUCUAAAUAACGUAAUUUUGUUAUGUCGUGCAUUAGUAAGACGGAGAAACACAUGCAGGUAUGUGGACAUCCUCUUAACUAACAAAUUGUAGAUUUUUUCUCAUCCCACAUAUUAUAAUCAUUUAUAUGUAAUAAUUACGACCAGUGGCACCGAAGUUAAUUUUUACAGGCGGGACAAAGCAUAUAUUGUGGUACCCACCCAGGUGCCUUUACCUAACCUAACCUAACCCAAUUCCUAAGCAAAAAAAAAAUUUCAUAUUUUGACUAAAUUUUCAAAUUAUUUUAUAAUUGAUAAUUCAUAAAUAUGAUUAAGGAAUGUAAGAUUAAUUUAAAGUGAAAUUUUGAAAUCCAAAAGAGUUUGUCAAAUUUAGUAGUUACUUACUUUAAAAAUUUGGAUAGAUUGAAGUUCAAUCCUAACAUAAAAUACCAAAUUUCACUUUUACGCCAUAAUUUUUAUAAAAUGAGUAUGCCUUCCACUCAAAAAAAUACUCUACCAUACUAAGUAACGAUUUUUAACGACUGUCGAACGCAGCACAAUGCUAUUAAUCGGUCCCCUGAACCAAUUUUAAACAUUUCAAUAACCCACCAUAUGUGAUGGGAAUUGGGAAUACAACUAUAUUAGUAUUAUAUAAAAGUCUGAAUGACUAAACUUUUAGAAACUAAUACACCCCUCUUCCGUUGUAUUUAUACCUGAAAAUAUAACGUAGUUUUACCGAAGGUUGUAAUUAUUAUUAUUUUGCCAGUGAAAAAAAUUCGCCCAUUAUAUAUUGUUUGUCAUGAUUUAUGUAACACGCGCGCAUAAAUGUAGGUGAAAGUAUGUCUAAUGUGACAUGCGAAUGAGUGAAAGUUCUAGAUUUAAACUGUGAAGUGCUUAUUGUAUAGGCGCGAGUAUUCGGGAUUUGAUGAGACACGUAUUUUGUAGGGACACGUGGUGAAAGUAUAUGUUUUCGAGGAAAACACGAGUAAGUACAUAACAUUUUCAUCUAUGACAAAAAUUCCUGAAUUUUUUGUCGAGUCAAGGCUAAUCAAUUCGGUUUUUUUAGGCUUAUAUAAUAUCGUCGUAAAUAAAUGUACCUAACAGAACUUUGAAUUAAUCCUUUCAUUUAGUUUACUUUAUAUUGUUACUAUAUUUUUAACAUUUUAUACGAAGUUACAUAUUUUCGGUUCCGAAAUAUCAUAAUAGUAUAUUUAAUUGUUUUAGUUUAUUUUUUGAAGUUUUACGCUGCACUACGUUUGGCUCUUUUUUUCUGUGUACUCUUAUAUAUAGGGAAAAAAUAUUUUACAAUGUGUAAGCUUCUAAUAUCAUUAUCGUCUCUUCAUAAAAUAUCUAAGAACUCUUUACAAGUAUAGCCGAGAUGAUAGAACAAGAGUAAUAUUCUUUAUUUUAUUAAUUUUAUUUCAUUACUUGUUUAGUAAUAAUCUUCGUUUCUCAAUUAUAUACCCAACUCGACACGGUCUCCUGCAUCAUCUAUAAGCAAUCACCUUAGCAAAACCUUGUAUCAUUCAAUUAUAUUUAUAAUUCAUACUUAUAACUCAUCAUAACCAUUGCCUUUUUAAUCUUCUUCAUUGCCUCCGCGACUUCUUUUCCGAAUUAUGUUAAGGGUUUUAGUUGAACAUUAAUUUAUCAUACACAUUCAACAUUGUACACUUAUGAUAUAAUAAUUCGUUUAUAUUUUAGUAGGUAUAAAUAACAUACUCAAUAUUUACUUCCGUGAAUGUUGUAAAAACAUUUUACUAUAAUUUAAUUAUAUCAUGCUUUAUAAUUUAAUCGGGUUUCGUGCGUAUUUCGGAGUAGGUAUCUAGAUUCGUACAUUUUAGUAGAUAUUAAUUUAAAGAUUGAAUUUGUUAAAAAUAAAUUAUUUUAUAUACUUAAUAAAAUACGUUAAAUUCGUCAGUCUCUUGUAAAUUUCCAUUAUAUCAUGAUAAAUCUAAUAUAUUAUAGAUUCUGUUUGGAGGGAGGAAUAUUUUGAUGUGAUACAAUGAUAUUUAUUUUUAAAAAUGUUUUCUUAUAUUUUUUUUAUGCUGUGUACAAGAAUCUUAACAGAAAUUUUGCUUCAAUGUAUCAAGUGUAAUAUCUUUUUUGAAAGAUAAUUCUAUCGGUACCUUAAAAGGUCAUUUUUUGAUUUUUCAAGCAAUUUUCAUAAUAAUUAAGAAAAACCUGGAAAAUAUUCGAAAAUAAUGCUUUUGUUAUUUUUAUUUUGUUAUUUAUGUUGUAAUUCAGUUCAAAAUGUCUGUACAAAUUUUAAAUUUAGACCGAAAACUUAUAUUUGUUUUUUCUAGAGGUGGUAAAAUUUUCAAAACAUUUGAGCUAUUUAUAGACGCGUUCUUUACGUAAUUUUUAUUUGGUAGUUCCUUUAUGGAUAAAAUUGUUAGAUCGAACAGUAAUACUUGACAAUUUUCAACAAGAAAAAGAUAAGCAUUUAAUGAGAUUUAAUGUAGCAUUUUUUAUACAAGAAUUUUAAUAUCAAAUUUUUACGAUAAAAUCUUAUAUAUUACGAUAUUUUAAAAUAUGUAAAACCGAACUCUCCUCGGAAUAAUUUUUCGUUAACAAUGAUUAAUCAUUGCGUACAGAUAUGCUUAUAUAUUAAAUAUCCUUCUAUAUAUUCUACCUUCCCAACUUCUUACCUACAACAGUGGCCCAACCAUCGUGUGAAGUAUGUCUGUUUAUUUUAGAUUUUGAAUGUGACGAAGAAUGUAUUGGUUUUACAAAGAUGUUUAUUUAUUAUUAUUUUUUUUUAAUAUUAUUUUAUAAUAUUAUAAUAAUAUUUUUGGCUUUUAAAUGUGCCUACGCAUAGGUUAGAACCUGUUGUAAAUGAAUGGCACAUUUUUGAUAUUAUCCCACGGUAAUAUGAAAAUAGGUUGUAUUUAGGUAUAUUUGCAGUUUACUGAGAAAACUAGACUAAGUAGGUAUAACAUAAUUGUAAGUUAUACACAUACAUAUUUAUAAUAUCAUAUUAUUAUAACUAUAAGAAUAUAUCUGAUAUAAUAUAUUAAACAUACAUCGUUACAGCUACAAUUAGUAUAGCCUGGAAAUGGUUGUUAAACUUUUGACACACUUUACUAUCAUUUAUAGACUGUUAAAGAUCAAUUUGUGACAUGUUUAUAGUUAAUUUCUUCCGGAUAACGUAUUAUAAGUGUAUAGUGAUGUCAAACAAUUGGCUGUAAAUGUAAAACCCUAGCGAUUAUAUAACGUAACAUUAUACGACCUUGAAGUUAAAAAAAAUAUCCAAUAAAGAUUGGCUAUACAUUUGGUAAAUUGUAUAAAUAUUUUUAAUAUUAUAAUGUUAAAAAAUUAUAUUUUUAUAAUCCAAAGUUUUUAAUUUUUUAAGAGUCAACGUACAAAAUCCGUGUAGGCAAUCAGAUAGUGUGCAUGACCAAACAUCCCGAUUCAGGCACGACAGUACCGAUUUUUAAUGGGGCGUUAAACUUUUAUGUCUAGUCGGAACUAUAAAAGUUACCAAUUCUCAUUAAACGCCCAACUUUUUUCCCGAUUUCAUAAUUUCAAUGCAAUGUUUUAUAUUAAUACAAACUGUAUAUAACCGUCCAAUAGUAUUAUUUAUUAUGUUAUCGGACUAUUUGUAUUUAUUACACUAGUGUAUAGUGCUCAAUAGUGCAUUUAUCCAUUAACAGUUAUUACUAUUAUCAUUUUUGUAUUUUUUCAAUUGCAAACAUCUAAACAAUUAUCUGUUUAUUAAAAACUGUUUAAUAUUUUGUAGAGUAAUAUUAAGGUUUUCGUAAUAAAGUUAUAUAUUUAUUUUAAGAUCACAAAACUAUGUUUGUAUAAUUUUAUUUUUAUAUUUUUAUUUUAUUUAUACCGGUUCUCACGCAGUAUUCUCACCAUCCCAUUUCCUUACUACCUUGUCACUUGCUUAACCAAGCUUUGUGAUUAUAGACAUUUUAUUUAGGAGGUGGCUUUCAAGCAUAAUAACAUAAUAAUAAAAUUAACCCUCCCAAAGUUUUUUACUCUCGCUAAGACGUGUUUAUGUCACAUUAACUAAAGAGGCUAACAGCCCCACCAUAGGGCAACGAUAAACCAUUGCUAACGAAAAGUGAUGUUGAGCGAAGUUCAUUUAAACAUGAUUUGAAAGGCCGUAAUAUUUUCAUAUUUUCAUUAAAACUUAAUUUUAAAACCAUUUAAAAAAAAAAAAAUUAAAAAUGGUUUUUUCAUGUAUUCAGUUAAAAAUAUUCGCAGACUUGAAAUUUCGUUAGAAGAAUUUUUUUUACCUUUUUUUAAAUAAACUUUAUUUUUUCAAUUUUUUAAUAAAAAAAAUUAAUUCGAAACAAAAUAUUUGAAGUCCUCUUCCCUGUGAGUAAUAUAUAUAUAUAUAUAAAAAAAAAAACAGAACUUGGUUAUAUUUUUUAUCUCCAGAAAUAUUCAAGGGUUCAAGGGGUAUAUCUUUUUGGGACAACUUGUAUAAGUAAAAUCAAAUUUUGAUGAAAAUCGUAAAUAUUACGGUCUUUAAAAAAAUGUAUAACUGAAAUUUACCCCGAAUCGUUGUUCGUUGAUUACAGGUAUAAAUUAAUUAACUUUAUGUCUCCCAUCUACAACAGUGACCCACCCGUCCCCAGUAUCGGCUUUUUUUUGAUUUCGAAUUUCUUACAAAUACCAACGAAUUGCAUAUUAAUAGUAUUUGUACCUAUAUCAGGCAUGCUGUCCGACGAUUCGUUUUCGAGAACCAUGGUCUAAUGAAACGAAUGUACGGCGAGCAGCGGCACAUAUCCGUAUUGCGCGCCGAUUUAGACACCAACGACAUAGAAGGUGGUGUUUGGAACCGCCGUCGGGAAGAAUCGUCACUAAACCGAUACGAUUCACAACCGUCGUCUCCGUCAUCGCCACCGCCAGCAUCACCGACUUCGACUUCAACCAGCACCACCACAACGACCACCUUCCAAUCAUCCCCGCCCACCAACACUACCGUGCCUGAAGUAGUCUCGGUGCCCACUACAACCGUUGCUGUCGAUAUUGAAGAAGACGGUACAGAUAACGCUACGGACGAUCCGCUGCAGGAAACAACUACCGAAGCGAUACCGUCGACCGAGCGCACCGAACAGAUGGAGCAACCGGGAUUUUUUCAGGAAUCGACGGUCACUACGGAAAAUCCCCAGAAAUCAAAAGGCAUGUAAGUACUAAAGAGACGCAAUCAGUUGGUGUAACUAUAUUAAUGUAUUACAUGAAACGAUGAACCGAAUGUAUAGAAGAUUUGUUUCUUGAUUUGGUUAGAUUUUUGAACUAAAAAACAAUGUUACAUUAUUUUAGAAUAUUGCCGUUAGCCACUGUAACGUUUGAAUGGGUUAUAUUCAAAAUUGUAUUUUUUAUAAGUCGCAUUAUACAAUUAAUUUUGAAGUCGGACGAAAUUCUCGAUAUCCUUCUGGUCCCUCGUUUUUCUCGUUAUCAAACUUGCUGUUCUUUACGGUCAUAAAUCCGACCGACAAAUUUUGAUUUAACACUGCGUGGUGCUUAACUUGGAAAAUAACAAAUUAUAAAAUGAAUCAAUGUUGAAAACUCGUUAAUUGCUUGAUUUAAAGCUGAAUUUUUGUUUUUAUAAUUAAAAACUAGUGCUAACCGCGUCACAACUCAUUCAGGAGUUUAAUAAUUUAUUGCGACAUUAUUUAAAAAUAAUAAUAUCAACAAAAAACCCAUUGUUAAAAUAGAACGUAUGCCAUAUAUUUUGAUUAAGUGUAUGUUUUUAUACCAAAAUGGAACGGUUUAUUGUGUUCGCAGUAACGCUUGUCCCGUAAAGGAAGAGGUGGUCGCACCGUUUUGGGCAAACAACACCAGAGGCGAAGUGCUUGCACUGCUAAAUCUCUACCCGUUCGAGCAGUACGUCCACUGGGAACGAUGCACGUAAGUAUAAUCAGUUAUAUAAUCCGAACGGUAAACACUUUUUCCCCCGUCCCGUUUGCAUGUGUCGCACAGGUUCGAGAAUAAGCAGAUGUUCUGCCGCCAAGGAUGCCGUUGCGAACAGCAGUACCGAUUGCAUAGACUGCUCGCCUACGAUCCGACUAACGACUGUCGCGGUAUAUUUUCGGACUGGUUCAAAUUCCCGUCGUGCUGCGUGUGCCGUUGCUACGAUCUACCCAACGACCUCAGGAUCACGUCCCGUAGUCCCCGUGUCGACGGUACCAGCAGCAGCAGCAACGACCUCGAUACGUGGUUUCAAAAUCCGUUAAACUCUUAACUUUUGCUUUUCUUUAUAGCCUUUUAUUAUUAUUAUUAUUAUUAUUAUUUUUUCGUUGUUGUACCCUUACACUGUUUUUAAACAAACUGUUUCUGGACGAUCGACUUUUAGUUAUAUUUAUUUCGUGUUUGCGUAUAGGUUUUAGCCUGCUGCAAUUUAUUAUUUUCGUUUUAAUGUGUAUCUUAUAUUUAUUGUACAUAAUUUGUAGUGUACAUAAUAUUUAUAUAGUGUAAGCUGUUUGAGUUUUGUGAUACAUUUUAUUUAUAUUUAUUUUUUUUUUUAAUGUACGACUGCGAAUAUAUAUGCGAUACCUAUUCAGUGUACACAUACGAGUUUUAGUUAUAUUUUUUAUUUUUGAAAAAUAUCUAAAUUUGUUACCUAGCUACUUGAUAAAAACUAUUAGCCUGAUACUAUUAUACUGAUACUUGGUACUUUAUAAUAAUAACUAAUAAGUCAUUAAUAG